CCACAGCUGCCCGGUGUUAAGAUGGCGGCGCGGGGCCGCGCCCGCGCUCCCACGCUCUCCACCCCCCGGCCUUCCUCGGGCUGGCAGCACCACCCGCGUAGCCGUGCGCCGGUUUCUUUUCGGCCCUGGGCGGUGGUCCCGGCUGCCGGUCGACGACCGCCCCGCGUCAUGCGGCUCCUAGGCUGGUGGCAAGUACUGCUGUGGGUGCUGGGGCUUCCCGUCCGCGGCGCAGAGGAAGAAAGUGGUCACUUAUGGUCGGAGGAGCAGCCAGCUCACCCUCUCCAGGUCGGGGCUGUGUACCUGGGUGAGGAGGAGCUCCCACAUGACCCGAUGGGCCAGGACAGGGCAGCAGAAGAGGCUGAUGCGGUGCUGGGGCUGGAUACCCAAGGCGAUCACAUGGUGAUGCUGUCUGUGAUUCCUGGGGAAGCUGAGGACAAAGUGAGUUCAGAGCCUAGUGGCGGCACCUGUAGCGCUGGAGGAAGGCAGGAGUCAAAGUGCAACCUCCGAGAGAGCCUUUUCUCUCUGGAUAGUGCUGGAGCACACUUCCCUGAUAGAGAAGAGGAGUAUUACACGGAGCCAGAAGUGGCGGAAUCCGACACAGCCCCGGCAGAGGACUCCAAUAGCACUGAAAGUCUGAAAUCCCCAAAAGUGAACUGUGAGGAGAGAAACGUUACGGGAUUAGAAAAUUUCACUCUGAAAAUUUUAAAUAUGUCACAGGACCUUAUGGAUUUUCUGAACCCAAACGGUAGCGACUGUACUCUAGUCCUGUUUUACACCCCGUGGUGCCGCUUUUCUGCCACUUUGGCCCCUCACUUUAAUUCUCUGCCCCGGGCAUUUCCAGCUCUUCACUUUUUGGCACUGGAUGCAUCUCAGCACAGCAGCCUUUCUACCAGGUUUGGCACUGUAGCUGUUCCUAAUAUUUUGUUAUUUCAAGGAGCUAAACCAAUGGCUAGAUUUAAUCAUACAGAUCGAACAUUGGAAACACUGAAAAUCUUCAUUUUUAAUCAGACAGGUAUAGAAGCCAAGAAGAAUGUGGUGGUAACUCAAGCCGACCAAAUAGGCCCUCUUCCCAGCACUUUGAUAAAAAGUGUGGACUGGUUGCUUGUAUUUUCCUUAUUCUUUUUAAUUAGUUUUAUUAUGUAUGCUACCAUUCGAACUGAGAGUAUUCGGUGGCUAAUUCCAGGACAAGAGCAGGAACAUGUGGAGUAGUGAUGGACUGAAAGAAGUUGGAAAGAGGAACUUCACUCCUUCGUUUCAGAAAUUAGUGCUGCAGUUUCAUACAUUUUCUCCAGUGAAGUGUUGACUUGAAACUUCAGUCCGAUUAAAAGAAUCAUGCAUUUGUUGAACUACUUAAAGUAUAAAAAAAUUAUAAACUGGUGUUUUAACUAGUAUUGCAAUAAGCAAAUGCAAAAAUAUUCAGUAGA